AAGCCAACGGGUCCUGAGGCCAAAAAGUUGAAUGGCUGUCUAGGCAAACUCCAUGAGGGUUCUUUAGCCCAGGGUCAGACUAAAUUCACUCCAACUUUAACAAAGGUAUAUUCCACAAGCUAAGUUCCUCUCUUUUGUGCCUUAUUUGGAGAUCGCAGCUCAACUGGGGGCCCAGUGGGAGGAGCCUAAGUGGGCGGGGCCUUGGCACUACAGGAAAGACGUCACAGAGCGCCUUGUAGGGCGUGGGAGAGGCCUAGCACCGCCUUCUGUGGCCUCGACCAAUCAGAUGCGGGCUACGUCACAAGGGGCACACCUCCCGGACGGCCUCACUGGGCACCGGGCGGGCGCCCUGGGACACCAGGUGCGCGCCGCUGCCUGUUUGGCCCGUGGCCCGUGGCCUGUGGCCCGUGGCCCGUGGCCGGCCGUCCAACAUGGUGGACUACUACGAGGUGCUGGGCGUGCCCCGCCAGGCCUCCUCCGACGCCAUCAAGAAGGCCUACCGCAAGCUGGCGCUCCGGUGGCACCCGGACAAAAACCCUGAGAAUAAGGAGGAGGCAGAGAAGCGGUUCAAACAGGUGGCCCAGGCGUACGAGCCCUUCGAGGACCCCUUCGAGUGUGUCUUUACCUUCCGCGACCCGGUCGAGGUCUUCAGGGAGUUUUUUGGCGGCCGGGACCCAUUUUCGUUUGACUUGUUCAGAGACCCGUUUGACAACAUUUUGGGAGGUCGGAGAAGCAGGAGCAGAGGGUCCUCGCCCCUUUUCCCCACCUUCAGUGAGUUCCCAGCCUUUGGUGGGUUUUCUUCUUUCGAUACAGGAUUUCAUUCCUUCGCUUCUCUGGGGAAUGGGGGCCUCUCUUCCUUCUCCACGUCUUGUGGUAGUGGCGGUGGGAUGGGUAACUUCAAGUCCGUGUCAACUUCCACCGAAAUCAUUAAUGGCAAGAAAACCACCACCAAGAGAAUUGUCGAGAAUGGCCAAGAAAGGGUGGAAGUGGAGCAAGACGGCGAGUUGAAGUCCCUGAUCAUAAACGGCAGAGAGCAGUUGCUGCACAUUGACACCAAGUAACUCCAGCCCACCCCACGUUUCGCUUAAAGCACACGGGGAGGAAUAGCAGGACAUUUUUUUGGAGAUUGCAAGUGAGCUCUACUUUCAAAAUAACUACUGGGCACUUUAUAAACGGUUCAAUGCCUAA